AAAAGCUCAGGACCGGACGUUUUGCGCAAGCUGAGAGGAGCUCUAGGAUGCAUGAGAAUUAAAACCAAGAGAGAUAGAGGGCUGUGAGCUGAAAAGCUUGGCCAUACUAGAAAAAGGAUACGUUUGGUCACGUUUUUUUUUGGAACGGAAUUUCCGUGCAGGCUCGAAAUGUGCUGAGGGGAGAAUCUAGCUCGCGUGUUUGAAUGUGAGGUGCUUCUGGUGGUAGUACGUAGACUGUGACUGGAGCUUUCAUCGUUGCUCUGCUGCACCGCACGGCAGUUCGUGCGCGUCCAUUGCGAUAACAAUACCUCGGUUAUCCCUGUACAUAACUACUCUAGUACGGUUUUUAACAAUAACACAAUUUUUGGCUGGAAAAGUGGAAGAAGAAGAUUAUAGCUGCAGAGUUUUCUACUAGCUGGAAAAUUGGUGCAUUUGAAUUCGAUGACAAAAGUGAAUGGAGGGCUGUUGAGGUGCAAAUAAUUGUGGAAUAAAGUGAAAUGUGAAAAGCCGUACCUUGAUAUUGGGAGUGCUAGUGCUGAAGGGUAGAAAAAGGAAAAUUUAGAUCCUAGUUGAACCCUUGAUAGGACAUACGCAGAAGAGAAGUGAAAAAGCAGGCCAGCUAGCUCACAUUCGAGCAGCGCCCCGAUAGACGCAAGAGAGCGAAUAAAAUGUCAUCCAGACGUUAUCCUUGAUAGAAGAAACCGCUCCUUUUUUAAAAAGGUGACUUUUUAAAAAAAGGACGCGUGAUGAAGCCAUUGCAGCCAGCCAUCAUGAGGGAGUCCUGCUACCGUAGCACUAUUACUACUAUUACUAUCACAUCCAGGAGAAGAGCCAUGAGCAGCACCAUCGCUAGGGCGGCAGUCGUCAACGGUGGCAGUAGCAGUACCUCCGGCCGAGCUGCAAAACUCGGCUACCACCGCUAUGGCCGGAUGCUCCCAUUCGCAUUGAUGGGGCUUUUGAUCGCCUCCUUUUGGCUGCCAUCGAACCUAGUUAACGCUGCUGAUUUAAUGGAUGUUUCAUACUAUGACCAAUACUAUUCUACCGAAACAAGUGUUAUAAUAAUAAAUGGCACCAACUCAUCAAUAUCAACGCACAAGGACCCCCUGUUUCCCGAAGACUUAUUCACGCUAGAACAACGUCGUAAUGGUGCUGUUGUGUUACACAUCCUUGGCGUAAUCUAUAUGUUUGUCGCGCUGGCAAUUGUAUGCGACGAGUUCUUUGUGCCUUCUUUAGACGUGAUCAUUGAGAAACUGGGCAUUACGGACGAUGUGGCCGGUGCGACCUUCAUGGCGGCCGGAGGCAGUGCCCCGGAACUGUUCACCAGCGUGAUCGGCGUGUUCGUUUCGUUCGACGAUGUCGGUAUCGGUACAAUUGUCGGUUCGGCCGUGUUCAACAUCCUGUUCGUUAUCGGUAUGUGUGCGUUGUUCUCCAAAACCCUACUAACACUGACCUGGUGGCCGUUGUUUCGCGAUUGUACGUUCUACAGUGUUAGUUUGCUUACGUUGAUCUAUUUUUUUCGUGAUAACUCGAUCGAGUGGUGGGAGGCGCUAGUGCUGUUCAUAAUCUAUAUCGCGUACGCAGUGUUUAUGAAGUUUAACCAGACAGUGGAGAGAUGUGUGAAGAAGAUUAUCUAUAAAAAUAAGGUGACCAGAGUUCGAAGCACUGAUCAACUUAUGCCUGCAGAAAUUGGCUUGCUAGAAGAGUAUAAGCGACCCGGAAAUCGAGACACUGAUAGUCCUCAACUGCAAGGCAAUGCGGCCAACUCGUCGGAAACGUCGAUGGCGACACAACCGGGUGGCUCGGUGACGUCGAGGGCGGCCUCCGAGAGCCGAUCGGGGCCGCCCGGCUCGAGUAGUGGUAGUGUACCGAUCCAUCAAAACCCAACCGCAACCGGGGCCAAAUUCCGACACGGUCUGCUGCAGUUGAUGAUCCACACGAUAGAUCCACUGCACGAUGAUCCCGUUCCAGGUAAAGUCGAUGAAAAGGCGACGCAGCUGCACGCGAUAGCGUCGUUAAAAGUGCUACUCGAUGCCACCAAGCCCCAACGGGGAGCUGCCACGUCGUCCGCGGCGAAUCAUGUUAAGAUUAAUUUAAGAGAAACCACCUUAGCUAGUGAUCGUCCAAAUGGAAAUAUAGAUACGACAAUUGAUUCGGGUAACGAAUUAGAAGAUGAACCACCAGAGGCAUUAAGCAUGUCUUGGCCAAAGACAUUUAGGAAACGAAUAACCUACCUAUUAGUUGCUCCAAUUAUCUUUCCGCUGUACUUAACACUUCCUGACACUAGAACACCAAGGGGUAAGAAAUUUUUCCCGAUAACGUUUAUGGGUUCGAUUCUGUGGAUAGCCGCAUACUCGUAUCUUAUGGUGUGGUGGGCUAAUGUUGCUGGUGAUACGGCGAAAAUACCACCGGAGGUGAUGGGACUGACAUUUUUAGCAGCUGGUACCUCAAUUCCCGAUCUAAUCACGUCUGUGAUUGUGGCGCGAAAGGGCUUUGGUGACAUGGCGGUGUCAAGCUCGGUCGGAAGUAACAUUUUCGACGUGACGGUUGGCCUUCCCAUCCCAUGGCUUCUUUAUGGCAUCAUCUACGGUCAACCGGUGGAGGUGAACUCGGUCGGCAUGGUGUGUUCGAUCACGAUCCUGUUCUUGAUGUUGCUGUUUGUCAUCAUGUCGAUAGCCUGCUUCCGCUGGCGCAUGAACAAGGGCCUAGGGCUUACCAUGUUUUUGUUAUACUUCGUAUUCGUUGCCGUUUCACUCAUGUUUGAAUACGAUGUGUUAGUAUGUCCGUUUUAAAUAAGUACGCUUAAAACGCUAUAGACUAGGAAAGUCACAGGCGAUGGUAACUAAACUGAAUCAUCUACUUUAGUAGUUACGAUUACGAACAAAGAAAAGAAAAAAAAAGAAAACAAAAAGACGAAAAAAGUAAACCAACUAAAUUAUACUUAGACUAUAGAGAGAAAUGUAAACCCAUUCGACGCUAGGUCUAGGUAUGUUUUUACCUAGCUUAAAGGAUGAGGCAACUAACGUUGAACAUAUUAAUAUGUAUAGUUACAUAGAAGAAUGCUAACAUUUAAAAGAGCAAAACAACAAUAGACUAGUGAAAGAAUUGAGGAUAAGUGAGUGAAAGUCAUUCUAGACGGGCAAUGUAUUGCUGAUGGGUGAACAUCUGGAGAAUGAUAUCAGGAAGAAAAAGGCGAUUAGUUUUCCCAUACCAUAAAGAAAAACCUAAGCGAAAACUAACACAAACAUUUAACGAAGAAAAUAAAGCAACAAGAACCUUCUAUCGAGCAGCAGUUAUUUUAGAUUUUGAUCUCCUCUUCUUCAUGCAACUAUAGUAUCGAGUCUAUUAUCAUACAUUUUAAAUUGUAUUCAACCAAAACAACCUAUAUUCGAACGAAAUCUUACCUUACAAAGAAUACAUCUAGUUAAUACAAGAAUCAACUAGUUAAACCAGUAAAACUGUAUUUAAGCAUGCAUCUCUUUCUUCUACGAGAACAAAUUCUAUAAGAAUCUAGACUUAAACAUCAAAAAGAAUAAAUUUAAGCAACAAUUUUCAAAAGCAAAAAUCUAUUACUCGAACUUAAGCAAAACACCUUAGGAAAUUUGAAACAUCAAUGCAUUCGAGCACUACCAGCUUUUCUCUUUCCAUAAACUACACCAACGACAUACAAUUCAUUAGAGUGCCAUUAGCAUCAGGAACUAGUCCAUCAAAACAAAAGAAAAACACACAUAGUCACCCUAGUGAUGCAAGAGCGCGCAUUUAAAAUGCAUUAUCGCACUUAUGGUUAAUCCUAGUCAUAAUUCACAUCUGUCCUUCUAUACUCUCUCAGUAGUCUCUACUCUCUUUGACAUACUUCUGUAUAAAUUGGAAUGUAUUUUGAUCUAUCCUUUCUCGUUUUCUCUAUCCGUUUCGUCGACCGAGAUUCGAGAAUCUGUUACACAACUUAGGCUUCAUGGCGUAAAUCCAUUGACGUAGGACAGAAGGUUGAUUAUACUAAAUCUUAUACAGUAAUCCUAGCGUUUUCACACAUCACUUCAUCAUCGUUCACCGAACCUCACCAUAACACCCAUUCGAGCACUAAGUUUAAGUAUAAACACAACCAACACAAUGCUUGGGGUCCUGUUGCUUUAUGUCGCAUCACCACCACCAAUCGAAACCGACCGGGAUGGCCCGGAAUACCUAUUAUAUUGUGCAACCGCUCCGGUAGAAACCGUUCAAUACCCGUUGCAUACUCACUGAGCGUUGCUUUAUCCUCUGAGGAGAUUGUUACCAGAAGCGAGCCGUGUGGUUCAUAUCAUCUAAUAUGUAUGUUCAAGUUUGUUCCCUCGGGGAGGUAACAUCAGCAAGUAUCGAAACAAAAAUCAAGUGGAACUUGUUUUUUUACAAUGAGUACAACAGCAUACUAACAGCAACGAAUGAGUCAGGUUUUCGUUUAUGGUUCUAUUGUGGAAUUAUAAGUUUAUGGUUGUGGUCAUAUGUAAAUCAAUGAUCAAGUACAUUUAGAUAAUGAAAACCUACUGUAAGUUCAAUCAUUUGAAAUUGAUUUAAAUCUUGGAUGCCGCAUAGCAAUUUAAAAAUAAACAACCUUUUUCUACAUUUCAUUCCCAAAACCAAUAUUUUGGAUAUAUUAAAUUUGGAUAUUUCCUUGAGAUUGAUCUUCGGGAAAGUUCUAAUGGUAAAGAGCUGCGGAUACGUUUGCAGGGCAGUAUUUUGACUGAUUUGUCGUGGGAAAACUGUCAAAAAACACAAACUGAGACGAAAGGGACGCUCAAGCUUAAUCAGUUUUUUUCGAUUUCUUGAAGUGUUUAGUCCAUUUCAGAGAGGUAUAAGGUUUUUAAAGGACUUUAAAUCUGCUGAAAUUUCGCUCGUUAUUGAGAUUUGUUCUUAAUUCCUGUAACCAUAAUUUGAUAUUACUCUCAGUCCCUUAUAUUCAAUGUCAAACAACAAUCUCCAGAAUUAUUGUAAUAGAUGGAUAACGAACAGCUCAGAAUUUUUGAAGAUGUGCGUUACGAGCUAUUUUACUGUGCGUAACUCCAUGUGUCUUUAGGCAGAAGCUUCGUUUUUGUUUUGGCGCAAUCAGCCGCAUGGAAAAUUUAAUUCAGUAGUAAAUACUAAUGAAGGAAGAAAACGAUAUGCAAAUCAUAGCGUUACACUUGAAGCGCAAGAAUACUAUUGCAUCCAAGAUUUCGUCAAAUGAUAACAUUUGUAUUAUUUAAAGCAUUUCGUUCAUUCAAUCACAGCAUCAAUCAACUUAACAGAAAGAGCCAUUUAGGUACAACGUUAUCACCCGAACUGAGACACCUUUGAUUUAGCUGUAUUCCGCUACUAUAUACCACCACCACAACAAAAUAAAUAAACCAAUAUAUAGGUGAACAACACAAAAGAACAUACAAGCUAAAUGAAUAUAUAAAGAGGAGAAAAAUCAAUGAUAAUAAAAUGAAAUGUUAACAAAUUUUUGAAGGUUUUUCUUAUUUUUAUUUUUUAUUGACGAAUAACGAAGUGAAAAAACAAGUAGUGGAUAAAUAUUAAAAAGAUGUAGGAAUAAAUCGUAGCUGCAGGUACGACUACUAUCACAAAUGGCUAAAGAUGCAGAACUCUUUUACGGAAGUCAAACGCAAGACAAAAAUACACUGCUUCUGUUCAAGGAGAAAUCUUCAAGGGGACACUUCUCUUUGAUGCCAAGCAGUAAUUUUCGCCAGAAGAAAAACGUAGAGCACCUACAGAAAUGAAAUGAUUAAAGUUGGAACUCAACUCAACUAUCGAAACCUUUCAUCGUUUUUACAAGUAUGUCAAUUGUUGAACUUUUCCUCCGUUUUGAACGAGAAAAAUGGUACAUAUCUUAUCUUCAUUUUAUUUACUCGUCGUUACUUCCCAAACAAUACUAUUAGGUGUUUCUGGCCUAGCCAAUCUAAAACAAUGCUCCCAAACCAGCUUGUUGGAAGCAAUGGUUGAGUUUCCCAAAGUUUGUUGACUUUGUUUCUAUAGGCGAAGCAUACAAGCAUACCUAGUUAUUACGAAUAAUUGCAAAUAACAACAACAAAAACAUGAGACGAAAUGAAAUCGAUGGUAUUCGCGACAUUCAGACGAAAAAAUUCAAACACUGCUUCAUUGUAGCGAAAAUAACAAAUGUAUAUACUAAUAUCAACACAAAACAAUGAUAAAUGAGCAAAAAACACAAUGUUCAAAAUUAAGAGCGUGCGUGUGAACAAAACAUUUCAGAUGAGAAAGCCAAUUUCUCCCGUCCAUUCCAUGAAAAUGUUUAAAGAAAUUUGAUCAGGAUAAAUGAAAAUACACGAGAGCUGUAAACAACACUGAGAGAAAUAGACAGAAAAUACACAAUACUUCAUCGAGCUACCAAGCAUGAAUUUUCCACAUUUGAACUUCAAACUGUUUCCCACAUUCACCACUAUAAAUAUUGAAGCCAAACCUCUGGAAUCAUCGAAGAAUUCAGAACAUCCUAUCUGGCAUUUAUUCUAUUUCCUCUUUUCAUUCAUAAACUAUUGAAGUUGAUCGCGAACGUAUACACCAAAUCAAGGAUAUACAUUACUGCGCACUACACCCUAAGUUGGACUGACACAGGAGCGUGCACGCACCUUCAAAUCGUGAUUGCAGUGCUGGGAUACGUCGAACCGCUUUGGUUUCUCCAUCGUAGCGAUUCUAUGCAAACGUUUACUUAUAUCACACUGUUAGGCUUGCUACAACUUGUGCUACAGUCCAAUUUGGUGUGGAAUGUGCAUGCAAUGUGUCUAAUAAGGCAAACCGAACACACAAAUCGGAAAAGUAGAAGCGCAAAGUACACAGCCUGUAAAUCACAACAAUGAAUACAUUUUCCGAUGUUGAAACCGACAAAAUAAUAAUCAACAAGAAACAGAAGGAAAACAAUAAAAAUGUGCAAACACGGAGCGAACUGAACACAUUGAGACAAACUUACACAUGGGACACAAGCAUGGAGGCAAAGGACGAAGUUUGAAGUGCAGCAAAAGUGCGCAAAGCGGAACGCUCUUCAUCGGGCAGCGUGCAAACUGCGACUCAGGCGCAUGGGGGUCACCUUUUGUGGGAGAGGUAAAUGCUUUUGAGGUUAGAAUUUCCUUUGAUUGACAAUUUGGUACUCAAGUUUUAAGUUUCCGCUCAUUGCAGGUACCGAAACAUAGCAGAACAUUGUAACUGAGGUUAGAAAGUAUGCUGUGGAAACGACAACCGUUCAUGUAUCAGUACAACUACAGGGCUUUUUGGCAAUUGUUGUGGAACUCUACACGUGAGACUUGCCGUUCCUGUUUGUGGGUUUAUUUAUAGGUCACUUGACCAUCGAACCAGUGUUGGUAAAUAUCACAACUAAAGACAGCAGAGAUGGCAUUCAGCACUGAAAAUGUGCACAGUGCAGCUCAUUUUCAUAUUCAAACUGCGCUCACUUGCACUCUCACUGAGGAGCAUGCCAUCCCUGAAAGACAAAAAAUAAAUACUACAAUGCACAAAUUUGAACGUUUAGAAAAUAUCAUACAAGAAUUCGUAGCGACAAAUAACAUUUACCAAAGGCGCUGUCCCAUGAACUAGGUAGAAUCAUUUUUGAACAUCUCAAACUAUCGAAUGCUUGUUAGUUCUCAUCGAGCAUGUUUCAUGGCCCGUGUCCGCAGAGGACUACUUAUCUGUCUUAUAAGUGUUUUGUAUUUGGUGAGGGGAUAAAUUGCAGUUUCUUCGGAAUCCCAUUGUAGACACGGUCUUCACUGCUAAUGUGUCUUCGUUUUUCACGGCUCACAUUGUUGUCUGCCGUCAUUAUGGACCCGAGGUAGACGAAAUCUCCCACUAUAUUGAGCUUCUCGAGAAUUUUUAGCAUAGCGACAAGUUUUUCUUCGACUUCUAGGUUGCGCGCCAGGGUAUGUGUGUUGGGCACUUUGCGACCAUUACCUCAAAUCCACACAACAGCGCACAAUUUGCGCGCCGAUUGCCUAUGCGCCAAGUUUUUCACUAGGCGAAUCACUAUUAAUCAGUGGUUUAAUGAAGUAAGAGCGUUGUUACCGUCAAUAAUAUCUUUGUUGUACAUUAUUUCCAGACAUAAGGAAGUUCAAUGUUUUAGACAAAAAAUGGAUGCGAGCCCUAAGAGAGAUAGAGCUUUCGGCGCUAAUUAUUUUGACACUUGUUUAUUUACAUUUUGUAUGGCGCACAACACGGCGCAUGAGCUAUCGGCGCACAAGAUGUUGACCAGUAUGCGGAUUUCAAAAAAGAUUCGCAAUAUCAAAGAUUCCCCCCUCAUUUUUUUUCAUUUAUUUAGUAUUACAUCAAAUUCAAGAUAAAACUGAAUCAACAAUAUUUCUCCAUAAUACACGGUUCGUGGCUGCCGCUCUCCAUCCUCGGUCGCGCCCGAUGCUCGCCAAGUCACGCUCCACCUAGUCCGCCCAUCGUGCUCUCUGCGCUCCACGCCUUCUUGUGCCAACCGGAUCAGUUGCAAACACCAGCUUUGCAGGGUUGUUGUCCGGCAUUCUUGCAACAUGCCCUGCCCACCGUAUCCUUCCGGCUUUGGCCACCUUCAGGAUGCUGGGUUCGCCGUAAAGUGCAGCGAGCUCGUGGUUCAUUCUUCUCCGCCACACACCGUUCCCCCCUGUCUAGCAUGAAAUUACUUAGGUUAGGAUAGGUGUUUUUAUUAGAGAGAUUUGCAGCCCCAGUUUGGUUCAUCUCUAUGACAUUAUUUCCUUAACAAUCUGAUUGUGUUCGUUUUCAUCUACCAGCAUGUACUUUAUUCUUGACGUAUUCACCACCAGUCCGACCGUUGCUGAUUCGCGUUUCAAGCGGUUCUACAGCUUUGCGAUCAUUCCAAAUAUUCUGACAAAAAUGUCCAUAUUGUCCGCAAAGCACUCAAAUAGGUCGGAUUUCGUGAAAAUUGUACCGUGGCUGUUGAGCAGGGCUCGUUAUUACCCCUUCCGGAACGAUGUUGAAUAAUAGGUAUAGGGGAACUGGGGGUAAGACGCCCACGUUAAGGAAGAGUCCAAUUUAAACCACGAAACACUUCAUAAUACAAAUUUUUUUGGCACUAACAUGAAGCACCAACAUGUUUCCUUCCAAAUGGAAGAAGCCAUAUGCCAGUUUUAUGUUUUACUGCUGAAAAAUUCAAAUUUGAAAAAAAGUUUGAUUUUCAGAAUUUUAGUUUUAAUGCGGGGUAAAACGCGCCACUAGCCACAGCUAACGCCAGGAUGCCAAAUUGUGUACAUUUACUUGCGCGCCUGGUUUCUUGUCAACUGUUAUUGUUCGUGAAUGGUACACAGUCAUUACACAAUUAUGGAUCACCUGUAAUUAUGGGUCAAUUCCAUGUAAACGUCAUAGUGAGCUGUUUUAUCAAUAAUCACUACAAAAUGACGCAUGGCUGUGUGAUUAGUGAACUUAUUUAUAGUAAAAAUGUGCUGUUGCUUGGUUCCAACUUAUGUUCUACAUGAUUUGUGGCAGAAUUUGGAUCUAAAUGGCUAUUUUAAUGAAAAUAACUAGGGGUGGGCAUUUUACCCCAUACAUGCCUCAGAAGUUUGGACCCUUAUAAGAAAGUUGUAAGGGUCAAAUUCGAUACUUUUUCCGCUUGGUACACAAAUAAUGGGAGUGUGCAAAACAGUUUGUGGGGAUAGCGAGAAAAAAAAUCUUUUAAAUGAUGUAUAAAAGUGCAAACAUUUGACAGGCUAAAAUUACAUCAAAAGUAAUCAAAAUCUUUUUUCGAAGUUUUUGUACAUUUUUUUUAGUAAAAAUAUGUAAACUCAAAUGUAAAGAAUCAUUUUAAUUCUUAUUUAAGCGAUUGCAAUUGAAAAAAGCACUGAAAAUAACGUGGUUUGCCUGAAACAAGGGUGGCGCAACUUGCCCCCUAUGGGCGUUAUGGCCGCAGUUCCCCUAAAAACCCGUGAAUUCCCGUCAGGAUCAGAAUGAACUGGAUAGUUUACCUGAACAAACAUUCUUACGCCGUUCAUGGCUGCUUUGAUCAGUCUGGUCAGCUUCCCAGGGAAGCUGAUAUCUCCCAUGAUUGUCCAUAGCUCCGUGCAAAGAUGUUGUUAUUUGCCACAUUGAAGUCAAUGAGUUCGUGAUGUGUUGGGACCGGGUAUUCACGAGUUCGCUUAAGGAUUAACCGUACGAUGAAAAUCUUUCCCGUUCGCGACCGACCGUCGAGGAAGCCAGCGUCCCACGGACUCUUUCCGUCUAGAUAACAGACUUCGGAAGAUGAUCUGGGAUAGCACUCUGUAGGCGGCAUUAAAAAUGAUGAUCACUCUGAAGUUCUCACAUUCUAAAUGGCUGUUUGUAUUGUGAAUGGGGCAGAUUACCCCUUCCUUCCACUCCUCCGGUUGUUGUCCAACUAUCAAUCGGUGAAGAUAGGUAGCCAACUUUUCUGAUCCUAUCCUGAUGUGUUCAGCUGCGAUACCAUCCUUACCAGCUUCUUUGUUGGUUUUGAGCUACUGCAUGGCAUCCUUAACUCUAAUCAGCGUGGGAGUUCCGUCACAGCAUUGAUAUAGUCAUCUCCUCCGUUGCCUUAGCCUCAACCCUCUCCCCUGUGUCUACGUUCUCCGGGCCGUGCAGAUGCUCAUUGAAGAGCAGUGUUGAUCUUUCAAUCAUCUAACAUCCGUCCGUGCAGAAGCUCCAGUCUUUAUCCCUGUACAUAUUGGAUCGCGGUACAAAGCCGUUACGGUAUUGCGCGCAAACCCCAAAAUUUUAUCCCCACCUUUGGGCUUCCGCGCCGAAGACCCAGCGCCAGAUUCGGCGACAAAGAAACAUGACGGCAGUCGCCGGACAGUUGACAAUACCGAUAUUUGACGGCGGUCGCCCGUUAGUUAUGGGAGUGGAUUGUUGUCAUGCAAAUAGAGCUUUUCGCAGAAAAUGCAUGUGUAUUAAGUUAUUGUUGACGGAUUUUUUGCUGUGUUAGUGUGGAAUUUAGCGAUUUGCUGUAUCGCGUAAGCUUUCACUGGAAGCAAACGUCAAGUUCUUCAGCGAAGCAACGAAAAUUUUCAGUGAAAAAAGCAAUAUAUGUUGAGCUUCUGGUAGAACUUGCGCGUUUCAUGAGAAUGACACAGCAGUUUUAUUUCCUAGCACUCCGCGUCUUUCAUAAGGUUCCAUUCGAUCCGCUGACUCUGUUCCACGUAGGGGUAGGCGGGGCAUAAUGAGCAGGUGGGGCAUAAUGAGCACCUUGUAUUUUCACUGUAAAUCUUCAAAUUAACAAAACAAAUUGCUUGAUUGUAGCCUUAUUAUCUAAAAUCCAAUGGGUUGAUGACAAAACAUUAGUCAAAAAAUCCGUUUACCUUGAAAAAAAUAUCAAAAUGCGUAAAGUGGUCAUGUACUGGGAAAAUAUUAUAAGAAUCUGGUGACCUGAAAUAAGGUUUUGAGUAUCGAAAUCACAACUUAGUGGGCAUCUAUCGAUUUUCUUGAUAUUCCCUAGGCCAAUGAAAUGUAUUUGUAAACCUUUUCAACUAUUUUUAUAAUUAUUUUGUUGAAAAAAUAUGCUUCAAAGAGUUGGUAGUAGGGUGGGGCAGAAUGAGCAACUAGUGAUAAAAUAAUGAAAAUGGUAAACAUCUUCAACAAACAAAUUUUAAUUUUGGUUUUCUCUGUUUUGAUGCAUAUAGUAAGGUUUUGUUUGUAACUUUCAAUAUAUUAACUUGAAAAUUUCAGUAUCUGUAAAUUAUCACCGUUUAAAAAUUCCUCAAUAGAACACUCAUUGAAACCCCACAGUUCCCUACAAAUUAAACCUCGUAAUCCCUUCAAACUCUCAUUGAUUGUUGCCUACAACUUGCCUACAAAUUAAACCUCGUAAUCCCUUCAAACUCUCAUUGAUUGUUGCCGGUAUGCUUUAUCAUUGACAAAAAUAGUCAAUUAGCAUUUGAUUGUGUACGAAACUGAUAUUGAUCAUCCUACCCCACCUAGGGUGUUCAUUAUGCCCCACCCCUAAAACGCAACUCGCGAUUUUAUACGUUUUUAAAAACAUAAAAUUCUACAACAUUUAUAACUUUAUUCGGAAUUUCAACGAUUAGCUUUUGUCAGUUAAGGUUCAAAUGGGGAUUGAACGUUAAAAUUACACAUUAAUUGCAUUUAAUUUACUGGAUUUGGUGGCAAAAUGCUUAGGCUGCUCAUUAUGCCCCGCCUACCCCUACCUGACGAUGCUCUCGACUGCGUUGUUCUGGCUACAUUUACUGUACCCCAGCAGUCCUCUAGGGAAACCACAUCGAGCUUGCUCUCGUUCGACGUGAUAAAGCUACCUCCAGAUUCUACGAGUAUGCAUCCGGUUCAGUGAAUCAAAAUUUAACCAUCGCGCAACAAUAAUCAUAAUGUCGCAACCUGUAUUUGUUGCGACAAUCCACCCAAUGUGACAUAAUAUUGUCCCAACUUGAAAAUAAUAGGAGUUUAGAGAUUUUUCAGCCUUGCAUUGCGAUUUUCGAUCGGUAACUUCGAGUAACUUCGAACUCGCCAUCAACAAUAUGAUACUGGCGACCGUUACUGCUAUAAGAGAUGGGCGAACCGUUCGAGAACGGUUCUGAAGAACUAGUUCUAAGGAGACAAUGACUAAACUGUCGUUCUUUUGAAAAGAACGGUAGUUCUCCGUUCUCUCAAAAGCAAGAAAACUGAAAGUCUCACAGAACUGUUCAUUCAGCUUUUUCAAUAAACGUAGAUUGGGUUCUAAGAAAGCGAAUGUUUUUGUACCGACUUUUCGAACCCUCUGAGCAGAAUACCUUCUUUGAAUGAGUGUAAUCAGUUUCGUACCUUGUAAUACGAAACUGAUUAAACUCAUUCAAAGCGAAUGUUGUUAAUGAUCUACCGCAAAAUAGUACCAUAGACUAACUACGAUGACAUACUGCAGGUCGAAAAACGGCAGUUGAUAAAUGGGUCAUUAGUGUCAAUGCACAGUAUCACAAAUCCUACAUAUUUGAGCAGAGAUGGAUUUGCUUGAUAACGUGGUCAGGUAAAUAACACGGCAACGCAAUUGACGUAGGUUCACAAAAUAACCAUAACAACUACUGAAUGGAAGAACGGUUCAAAAGAACUAGUUCUUUCUAAGGAACUGUUCAAUUGAGAAUGGUUCACUUGAAAGAACUGUUUUGCCCAUCGAAUUAUACAGGGCGUUAGGUUCCUGAGUGCAAACUUUUUAAAGGGUGAUAGAGGACCAUAAAUAGUGAAAAAAAUUGUUCUACACAUAUGGUCAAAUCUCAACCGUUACGUAGUUAUUGAACUCCCCAUGUUUUUUACUCUUAUUGCCUUAACUGGUUAUAACUUUAAAAUGGUCAAACUUAUCGCAGUUUUUUUUACCCAUAUUCGAAAGAUUAUUGAAUUUUCUAUCAAAUGACAUCUUUGAAUCGAUUGGUUUAGUUAAAUAACUAAGUUUUCUGGAGCAAAAUAGCUAAAAAAAGUGUGUUUUAAUUUGUUUUUGUCAAUUAUCUUUGAAACAUGCGUAAUAAUUUACAAUUCUUUCUUUGGCAAAGUUGUGGCCCCUGUUCCACUCUACAAUUCGUUCUUUGACGCCAAACUUCUAACUAUUGUCGUUUUUUUGUAAUUUUGAUUUAAAUGUCGCAUUUCAGAUCAUAAAUUUUCGUGACAAUAUGGUCCAUACAGAAUCGUCCAACACGGAAUCCUGCUUGCUGCCGUCGGAGAGUUACGUCAAUCUUCUCCUGUAUCCGAUUAAGGAUAACUAUGCAGAGGCCUUUAGAACGAUACACAGUAACAUGAUGCCUCGUCAAUUAUCGCAUACAGUCAGUUUACCAUUUUUGGGUACCUUUACUAAGCCUUCCAUCCAGUUCGCCAGAAAUGUCGUGGUUUCCCAUAUGUUGCAGAAUAUUUGAUGCAGCAGUUGUGCAGAUACUACGGCGACAGCUUUGAGCAUUUCGGAUGAUAUGCGAUCGAUCCCCAUAUAGCCGAGGCGGUAAACGCACGGGUAUUCAGCAUGACCAUGCUGAGGGUGAUGGGUUCGAUUCCCGGUCGGUCCAGGAUCUUUUCGCAAAGGAAAUUUCCUUGACUUCCUUGGGCAUAGAGUAUCUUCGUGCCUGCCACACGAUAUACGCAUGCAAAAUGGUUAUUGGCAGAGGAAGCUCUCACUUAAAAACUGUGGAAGUGCUCAUAGAACACUAAGCUGAGAAGCAGGCUUUGUCCCAAUGAGGACAUUACGCCAAGAAGAGAGAGAGAGAGCGAUCGAUCCCCGAGGUUCUGUUCGAUUUCAUGCUACGGAUGGCUGUUUCUAUCUCCUGCAAUGAUGGAGCUUCGGUGUUGACACGGGUAAUGCGUCGCACCCUUGGUGGAUCAUGCUGAGGUGUUUAUGGCGUGGCCGAUACUUGAAAAAGGUUUCCAAAGUGCUCGAGCCAGCGUUUCAGCUGGUCAUCCAAGUCGAUCAAUAGCUGUACAGAUGUGUCUUUCACGGGCAUCGUUGCAUUCAACUUAGUAUAUCACUAAGGCGACGUGAGACAUCGUAGAUGAGACGAAUGUUACCGCUAAUUGCGGCUUUUCCGCCUUCGUCGGCUAGGGAGUCCGCCCACGUUCUUUUGUCCCGUCUACAUGAACGCUUCACUUCCUUCUCGAGACCCGGGUAGCGCUGACGGGCUAGGACUUUGGCUCCUCGUGUUUUGGCCGCUCUAUCGCGGCUUUGGCGUUCCUUCGCUCCUCUAUCUUCCUCCGGGUGUUAUCUGUGAUCCGCUGCUUUCUCUGGGUGCGCAGCUCACCCAAAUUAUUCUCGCCGGUGGCGAUAAAGGCAUUCUUGAUGGCGCUCCGUUGAUCUUAUACGCUUCCACUUCCAGGAAUAUUCGCAGCACUGUUCUCUAGCUCCUCGAUGAAGGACCGCAGCGUAUUCUAGUCGGUGUGUGUUGAACCGGCGCCCGAUUUUCUCCUCCUGUCGAAGGAUCCUCGCAAUGCUAGAUAUGAAGCUACUGUUUUUUCCAAGAUCCAAAAAUAAGCGAAUGUACAUUACCGUCGGAUUAUGGCUGGAAAAGAAUUUACUUCUGCUAGGUGAGCAAGCGAUGAUCGUUGAACAUAAUCACAUGUCCACUUAUCAUGACAUAUGCAUUACGACGGAGCAGUUGUUCAUCUGAUAAUUAAUAGGCAACUAUCAAACGGUGUCGAUCUUCAGGGCUGCGGUGUACAUACAGGGGAUACUCAAAAUAACUGGGACAGGUAAAAUUUUCACUUUUCGAAAAAUGUUCAACUCGCUGUAACUUUUUGAAAAGAGCAUCGAAUAUUCUCAAAUUUUUACUGUAAGUUCAUCAACUAGUUGUGUAUCAGUGGUCCAAAUUUGAAAAAGAUCGGGCUAUUCUUCACGAAGAUAUAAAGAUUUUUGAAAAGGAUAUAAUUAUUCGAUAGCCAACUUUGAGCUGUUAUAUUUCCGGAUUCAAUGAACUGAUUGCAAUGAAAUUUUGACCAUUCAUGACUUAUAUGAUGAACUCUUAAACACGUUUAACUUAACUUGAAAUUUUUAACAAGAGAAAAAGUUAUUACGAUUUCAUUUAUUUCACGAUUUUUUAGUAAAUUCAUCAAUUUCUAAUAUGCAUCCCAUUACUUUCUCAAUUUAUUAGCGGCUAUGUUGUAACUUUCAAUCAAAACACAUUUAUGUGUAAGUCAUUCAGAGGGAAAUUAAUUGAACUUUAAUUUGCAUCUUGGGUUUUGAAACGAUGUUGAAGUUUUGGAUAAUUUGGUGUUUUAUUAGAAAAAUAAUCUAAUCGUAAUAAUUUUCUUCCGCGUUAACAAUUUUGAGUUAAGUCAAAGAUUUUUCAUAGCUCAUUAUACAAGUCAUGAUUGCUCAAAAUUUUAUUGCAUUCGGUUCAUUGAAUCCGGAGAUAUAACAGCUCAAAGUUGGCUAUCGGAUAAUUUUACCUUUUUCUAGAAUCUUCAUAACUCCGUGGUCCGAUCUUUUCCAAAAUUGGACUACUGAUACACAACUAGUUGCUGAACUUACGGUAAAAAAUUGAGAAUAUUUGAUGCACUUUUCGAAAAGUUACAGCGAGUUGAACAUUUUUUGAAAAGUGAAAAUUUUACCUGUCCCAGUUAUUUUAAAUAUCCCCUGUACAUACGUAAAGACUGUGAGCUGAGCAUUGUUUCGUUAGAAAGCGAACCAGGAAACCUUUUGCAAAAUCCAUCUACCUAACAGAUUACCAUAGCAGAUACUGUGUGCUGUAUUUCAUAAAGGACAAUUCUAAAGUAGUGGAGGCAAUUCAACAGUACGUCAAAAUGGUUCAAACGCAUUUCAACCGAACACCAAAACCGUUAAGAUAGGACAACGCUGGUAUGUUAAUCGUUCAAACGAUUCCACCAAAAGAACGGAAUAUUGAAGACAUUCAUCUCGAUCGAAUGGAGUUAUAAAAAAGCUAAAAUGCUACUUAACCAAGAUGUCGAGCGGAUGCCGACCAGGACUACAGAUUCUGGGACGAAAUCAUGAACAAUUGCAGAACGUUUUAACUAUAAAUUCAGUAAAGUCAUGAGGUUUGGACCAGUAACCUCAUAACCGCAUAACCUCAUUUUUCACUUUAUAUGAUGGUGGAGGUUACGCAGGUUGAGGCCCAUCAUAAGCAUCGGGCGCCAUGUUUGAUUUGUCGCUUGAAAUUUGAAAGUGAUAAGUUUCAGCCACAAAAACGAAUAUUCGUAUGAAAAAGUAUCAUACUAUUAUAUACUCACUCAGUCACUCACAGUGAGUGUGAUGAUAUGCUUUCAGUUGCAUGGCUGCAGAAAUACUAUUUGUUAUCACUUCAAAAACGCGAGGCAAACAAUCAUUGAAAUGCAAAAACACAAUGAUUUGUAUGAAAGCUCAAUCACGAAUCAAGUCACCUUAAGAUGUCUAUCAUUGAAAUCGAGCUGGGAUAAUAGACAAUUUUGAGACCCCUGAAAAGCGUAGCUUCUCUCUUUGUAAUAUCCAAUAAAUGUAGUACGAGACAGCACAAAGGAAACCACACGUUCAAGAACAUGAAUUGAAAAAUAUUUCUUGGUACUCACAAACAACAUAUUCAAAACAAUAAAACAACAUGCACAUUUUCUAGUUUCUACUAUCGAGGAGACAGGCUUUACUCCCCCAUCCAGACCUUCAGACCCGGUACCAAUCCAGUGUAUUUGUGGAAACCGUUUUUUCGUCGUUGUCAGCAUGCAUGGAGCUUCAUUGAUCGUACAGCAGCUAAAUGCAGACAAAUGAUCCUGACUGUAACUAUUGUUUGUCUGAUAUUUUGCUGAAAACAUGCAAAGGUUUUUGUUCAUACGGAAACAAAACAGUUUUAACCAUAAAACAUGUAUUGAACGUUAAUUGUUAUACACGUUUUUUAUUUAUAUAUUGACAAAAGGAAACAAAAAAAAAAGCUGAAACGAGUGGAAAUGUUGAGAAAAAAUAAACAAUUAUAUAAAAAAUCGAAAAAAAAUAAUUUUUAUGGGGAAAUAUAAACCAAAUAUAUUGUUAUUUAUAGUGAAUAAAAGAUUAAAUUUAAUAACUGAAACAGAAAACAAGCGCUUUUAGACUUCCAGUUUAUGACGAAUAAUUCAAGUAAACAAAACAGUAUAAGUCAUUCAUACCAAAUGGAUUGAAGCAAACAUCAUUGCAAAAGGAGAAAUAAAAAACUAUUCAAGAAAUGAACAACAUGUAGAUAAACGGAUAUAGAUUUGUUUACAAAUUUACCAGAAGAAUAUUACUAAAAUAACGGCUAAGUUGCAUUGUGGGAACCCGAACACACAAAUCACAUACACGCAUGUAAAGUUUUAAACUAAUUCAACAAAACUAAUGAAUGAUUAAGACAAAAGUAGCGAUAAAUUUAUAAGGCAGUGCAUCAUAUUUAACAAAAUUGGCAAAAAAGCGUGAAGAAAAAGACAAAAACCCAACAACAGGAGUACUUGAAAAAAAAAAACGAAUAAACGACAUUCUCCACACGAAUAUGAAUGGAAUGCAAAAUCUGCAAAGCUAAGGAUUGUUUCAUACCCCGAUAACAUAAACAAUAAACCAAACCGAACGGAAGGAAUGGCGCAGCAGCAACUACAUUUUAAGGUCAUGUAUGACGGGUUUACCAGAAACAAAACUGUUACAUGUAGUGAAGUUUUUCCAUAAUUCUCUUCAUGCGCAAGAUCCAACCAACCAUGUUAAAAUCAAACAAAAGUGAGCGAUUGAGAGGAUACGGUGAAUCGUAUUUUUUUUUGUUACACAACACACGCGUGUUAGCAGCCAUUCACAUACACAAACACAAGCCACACGGUAUUUGAAAUUAAAAUAAUGCAAAAUACCACAUAUAUACAGCACACCGAUGCAGUUAACAAACAAGCUUCAUUUGCUUUCUCUGUAUUCGACAUUGGAAAAGAGAAAAUCACAAUUAGUAAUUGGCAAGAAAUGUUAUAAAUUUCCACCUGCAAACGCUCACUUACAUUUUUAAAAACAAAGCAAUAAGUAAUAUAAUUGAUAACAAAGGAGAAAAAUAGUUAUUAAAUCAACUUUACAUAAAUUGUAGAAGUUUAAUGAAAAAGUAAACGACAAAGAGUUAAAUCUGCAGUGAACAAAAACAUCCACUUACACUAAAUGAGAAGAAAAAAACCUAGCGGCAUCAAUUCGUUUUUAUGUAUGAAUUGACAAAGUAAAACAAAAAAUAUGGUAUGGGGAAGUAAUGUAAUGAGUUUGAUUUUCCGUGGAAUCAUUUCAUUUCAAAGUGAACAUAGGUUGAAGUAAGCGUUUGUGUUUAUAAGUUUAAGGCGAGAAGUAAAACAAAAAAAAAAGCAGAACAGUAAUACAUAAACUAUUAGAAUAAAUUCGAGUGUAUGUAUAACUUUUUAAGAUAGGAAUUACCAAGGAUGAAAAAAAAACAAGAAAAGCAGAAAAACAGAGUUAUAUACUUAAAAGAUAUUGAUUGUUGACAAAUGAGAUUGUCUUGCGUAGUAUGUUGCGUUUGCUGUCUCAUUUUUAAUAAAAAAUGGAAGGAAACAAAAAUAAUAAAAAAAAAUGAUUAAGCGUAAGAAAAACUUUUUUGUUAACUAUUAUAUAUAGAUUUGAUUUUAUAUAUAUACCUAUAUAUCAUUCUCAUUACAAAGCAUAUAUAGAAUAUGAAUAAACUGAUUCUAAAGAAGAAAA